AUGGCUGGGAUAGUCCGGGAUUUGGGUAACUUCGACGCCAUCAUCAACAACGUAGUUAUGACGAAGUACGAGUGGCCGCGCUGUCUCUCUGCGCAGUGCGCGGACAUCGUCACGAAGACCAAUCGCUUUGCCCGCAUCCUCACGCUGACGAUAACCUUCUUCAUAUUCCUGAUAUUCCUGUCCUGGACCUUUUCGCCGGUCUUCACGGUCGUGUUCUCUGGGGCCGACCCCACCGGGCGGCGUCUCCAUCCGUUCCUGGCGCACUUCUUCUUCGACUACCAGUCGUCGCCCAGCUACGAAGCGGUCUACUGCUUCCAGUCGGUCAGCCUGUUGUCUUUCUGCAUGAGCGCGAGCAAUUUCGACGCCAUGUUCGUCGCUUUCCUGAUGCAAGCGGGAGCUCAGUACCGAGUCCUGACGGCCUCGCUUGGGAAGUUGCGGGAAGCGGCUGAGGAGUCGGCCUACGGAAUGGAUUACGACAAGGCAGAAGGUGGAAGUGUAUCUGGGCCUGACCUAUCACCUCCGGGCAGAAACACAGAGUUCCAGCAAGAGUUGCUGAAGCGUCACAUCGUACAGCAUCUUAGGAAAUGUAUUAUGCACCACAAUGACAUUAUCACGUUUAUAAAGAAACUGGAUGAUGUAUUUAAUCCCAUAAUGUUGGCAGAAAUCUUGUACAGCAUGUGUGAGAUAGCUGUAAGUGGAUUGCAAGCUACAGAGAGUCAAGAAGUUGCAUUGACAGCGUACUCAUGCGAGUGGUACCAUAUGGACCCACAAAUCAAUGCCAUGCUCCGAAUGGUUAUCAUGAGAGCACAGAAACCAUCUAAAAUCACUGCAUUCCACUUCAAGGUCAUAUGCACGGAUACCUAUGGAACGCUGUUAAAUGGUGCAUACACUUACUUUGCCUUGCUGAAAGAGAUCAAGAAAGGAUCUGCUACUUAAUUGCUGGAAAAAAAAAUUACAAUUUCCACUUGAAGUUUAAUAAUUAUGCAGUUAUUGUGUAGUGGUAACUUAAAAAAAAAAUAUUUUUGUAAAUCAAUAGUUAAAAUACAUAGAAGCAAGCUUUCUUUUAAAGGACCUGAAAUCAAUGUUUAAAUGUAUCUUGUGUUAAUUAAUUUCACAUAAAUACCAAUAAUUGUUUUUGUGGUGAA